GCAACAACACGUAUGAUGAAACGUCACUGCCACGUAGAGGAGCAACUGCACGCGCGUCGCUGCCAGAACUUGCUCAAACAUUUUAGUUAGUUAGCUGUUUUGUCGUGCUUUUUCUUCGGUUUGAACGUGGCAGCAUGCUGCUGACCGUGCUGAGCUGCCUCUGCUCCUCUCUGCUGCUGCUGUCUGUCAGCGGGGGGAAGCUGCCUGAAGCUGAGGUGAACAUAGAAGUCCUGCACAGACCUUUUCUCUGUCACCGACAAUCAAAGUACGGAGAUAUACUGCUGGUACAUCAUCAGGGAUACUUUGAGAAUGGGACCAUGUUUCAUGACAGUCGGACUGAAGGUGACAAACAGGCAGUGUGGUUUACACUGGGCAUCAGAGAAGUGAUCAAAGGCUGGGAUAAAGGCCUGCAGGACAUGUGCUCUGGAGAGAAGAGGAAACUCAUCAUACCUCCAGGUCUGGCCUAUGGGAAGGAAGGAAAAGGUAAGAUCCCACCUGAAAGCACACUGACCUUCGUCAUCGAGGUGCUUGAGAUAAGAAAUGGGCCGAGGUCACACGAGUCCUUCCAGGAGAUGGACCUCAACGAUGACUGGAGGCUCUCCAAGCAUGAGGUGAAAGUGUAUCUGAGGAAAGAGUUUGAGCGUCACGGCUACGCUCCCAACGACACUCUACACGAGAACAUGGUGGAGGACAUCUUUGCCAAAGAGGAUGAGAACAAAGACGGCUUCAUAUCAUCCAGAGAGUUUACUUACAAACACGAUGAACUUUGAAUUCUCUCCCAGUCCCACGAACCACUCACUUCCCCUUAGUAUCUUCCAGUUGUCAUUGAUUUUUGGUGGAAAUACUUUUAUUUUAUUUUUUUAUUUUUAUUGUCUGCAUUAAAAGUAAUUCAUUUUAAUAGAA